AUGAAGUCCUUUGUCUCUCUGUUCUUGAUGAGCAUCUUGUUCCCUGCCAUGCAGGCCAAGCUAUAUACAAAAUGUGAGCUGUCCGAGGUUCUGAAAGACAUGGAUGGCUAUGGAGGCAUCACUAUGCCUGAAUGGGUCUGUAUCAUAUUUCAUAGCAGUGGUUAUGAUACACAAACCAUAGUAAAAAACAAUGGCAGCACAGAAUAUGGACUCUUCCAAAUCAGUAAUAAAUUUUGGUGUGGGAGUAGCCAGAAUUCUCAGUCAAGGAACUUCUGUGACAUCUCCUGUGACAAGUUCCUGGAUGAUGACCUUACUGAUGACAAAAUGUGUGCCAAGAAGAUCCUGGAUCAAAAAGGAAUUGACUAUUGGUUGGCCCAUAAACCACUCUGCUCUGAUAAUCUGGAACAGUGGAGCUGUAAGAAGUUGUGA